AUGGCCAGAGUCUGCAUCCACCAGGUCUGCUUAGUAGCUUUACUCUCAGUGCUGUGGUCUCUCACUGCGUUUGGACAGGACUUUUUUGUAAUCACUGAAACAGAUGACACUGAGGCUUAUGAAUAUGAAUAUGAUUAUGAUCUUCCCACUGAAAUCCCAGCAGAGAAUGGUGAUUUCACUCCAAAUGACUACAGUGACUGGGUGUAUGAACUGAUGGAUCUCACAAAUGAGUGUGAUCCAAACCCAUGUUUGAACGGAGGUGCCUGUGACACCACUUUUGGGGGCUUCAUAUGCGUGUGCCCUGAGCCUUACACAGGAAAGAGGUGCCAGACAAAGAAAGAUGUUUGCAAGAACGUGUAUUGCGGCCAUGGAAGCUGUGUUUACACAUCCACUGCUCCAUUCUACGAGUGCAAGUGCAAGCAUCCGUACAAACCUCCCAACUGCAAGAAAGCUUCUCCCUGCAGGCCCAACCCCUGUCAGAAUGGCGGCUCCUGUAAGAGGGGCGCCAAACGUUUCUCCUUCCAGUGUUCUUGCACUGAUAGAUACACUGGGAAAUUCUGUGAAGUUGGACCAAAUGACUGUUACCAAGACAACGGAGAGUUGUACCGCGGCCAUGUGAGCGUAACAGUUGAAGGGGAGGAGUGUCUGGACUGGGAUUCCUAUUUCAUCCUGCAGAAUGGAGGAGACCCCUUUAAUGAUUAUGCAGGCUAUGAUGGACUCGGACCACACAAUUAUUGCAGGAACCCUGAUGGAGAUGAUCAGCCCUGGUGCUUCAUUAACAAAAAUGGUAAACUGAAGUGGAACUAUUGUAACGUCAGGAAGUGUUCUGCAGCUCCAGCUACGCCACCAACUAUCCCUGAAGUAGAUCCAACUCCAGUCAAGGAGAACGUGCCCACUGGUCAGUUCUCCCAGUGUGGGAGGCCGCAGCCCGGCCGCACUGCCAGGAUCUUUGGAGGGAAGAAGUCUCUUCCCGGGGCUCAUCCUUGGCAGGUUUCCCUGCAGACCAGAACAAAAGGCUCCUCUGGGCCCUUUAGCCACAUCUGUGGUGGCAUUCUCCUCGAGUCCUGCUGGGUUCUCACUGCUGCACACUGCAUUAAAAGCGGACUGGAAAUGCAGGUGGUGCUGGGAGGAGUGGACAUAGAGAAGGAAGAGGUAUAUGAUCAGGUCAUUCCUGUGGAGAAGGCCUUUGUACAUGAGGAGUACAAAGAGAGCCCAUUCGCUCUUCAUAAUGAUGUUGCCAUGCUUCAGCUGAAAGUCAUGGACUCACCCUACUGUGCCAAAGAAACCCGCUUUGUAAAGACAGCCUGUCUCCCAGACCAGCCCUUCAGCAGCGGGACGGAGUGUGUGAUCUCAGGAUGGGGUGUGACUGAAACACAGAAGUACGGUUCCAACCAGCUCCUAGAUGCCCGCGUUCUCCUAAUCUCUCAGGAGAAAUGUAAAGCUCCUCAUGUGUAUGGAGACUCUCUGGAUGACAGCAUGUUCUGUGCAGGCAACAUGAAAGGAGGCGUUGACUCCUGCCAGGGUGACUCUGGUGGCCCUCUGGUGUGUGAGCGUAACGGGACCCACUAUGUUGUUGGUGUGGUGAGUUGGGGCGACGGCUGUGGUAAGAAGUACAAGCCUGGUGUCUACAGCAACGUCCGCAGAUUUGUUGACUGGAUCGCUUAUCAUUUACUCUUAUCACGUGGCACAUGAGCAUGUGGCCAUUGCCUCUGUGAUGUCCUGUCUGCAUAAAAAUCAUUUCGAGUUCUCACUCCAUCGCCAGAAUGAGUGUCAAAUAAGUGACACAAUACCUCAUUUAUAUAUUCCUGCUUUAACUCAUGUAUACCUCACUGUGGCAUAAGUACAUUAGUGUUCCCUUGUUCAAUAAAGAUGACUGUGAAAGGAUUUCUGAGUGAAUCCCUGAAUCCAGCACGUCAAUAAUUUGUUAAUCUUGAGUUCAUAUUAAAAAAAGGGUAGGUAUACUGUAUGAUCACUGUGAUAGCUAGUUUUACUGGUUUUGUUAAUUUUAACUGA